CCCCAAGCAGCAAGCAACAGAGCAAGAGCAACCGUAGUAGUUUCAGUCAUAAGCUCAAAGUUAUUUUAGCUAGCUGAUCAUGGCAUCAUCCCUCAAGGCACUGCUUGUUGAGGAUAUUAAGGUUGACAGCAUGGUUCUCUCCUUCAUGCUACGCAGAUUUAACUGUGAGGUCACCCUGGCUAAGAAUGGGAAAGAAGCUGUUGAUAUGUUCCUUGAGGGUAACAAAUUCGACAUUGUUUUGUGUGAUAAGGACAUGCCCAUAAUGACCGGUCCUGAGGCAGUCAUGAAGAUCCGUGCUAUGGGAGCCACUGAUGUGAAGAUCGUCGGGGUGUCCGCUGAUGAUAACGCCAUGGAGGCGUUCAUGAGUGCUGGUGCUGAUGACUUUGUGCCCAAACCAAUGAGGCUUGAUGUUCUCGGGCCUAUGAUUGAGGAGGUCAUCAACAGGAAAAAUAAUUAGGGACGCUUGCUCGAUCCAUCUUUGGAGGAAGAAAUUAAGCUAGCUCAUAUACUAUGAAUAUUUGCUAGCUUUGCUAUGCAUCAUAUUAUUGUCGGGUUGUCAAUUUGUUUUCGUGGUCAAGCAGAGAGGAUACCCAUGAUUAAAUCAUUGGGAUCGAUGUAAUGUGCAACAUUUUUGAAUUUAAUCUAUUAAUC